GUAAAAUACUGAAGGUUACCCUACGUUUUGAUUAAGAUUGGCAUCGGCAAUCAGGCCACCAACACCACCCACCCAAGAGGGACCACGAAAGGCAAGUUCCAGUGGGGACAUAGCUGAAGGUCCGGGAAAACUAGCAUUCCAUCCUUCCAGAAUGCUGAAUUCAUUAUGUCAUGUCGAAACCUUGUCCCUCUACGAAUAGCAUCCAAUGGAGCUGAGUACAAGCGGAUGAGCUAAACUGAAUCUUGUUCCUCCUUGACAAGUCUAAGUUUUCUACAAGGAAGAAGUUUCAAAAACGGGUGCGCAAGCCCGAAUUUCUGUGAUGAGAUACCAAUCUCAUCUAUCAUUGUUGACUACUCCCGAAAAGGCACGAAAAGAUACCCCACAUCAAUUCUUGUGUUGUGUUUCCUGUCCAUUCUGAAUCUCGAUUCUGGAUCUUGCUCAUGGGAAAUCUGUACCAAACCCAGUAUAUUAGUCUCCAAGCAUGCCAAAGAUUUUCAAUCCUACUCCUCAUCUUCAAAUCUUCACACGGCAGCAAUUCAUGCAAGCCGUCUCUGCCAGAAAGUUUCGCAAAUUACCGGACGCCAUUACUUCAAUGCAUGUAGCCAAUCUAUAUCGCUACGGCACCAUCGGAGGAGCUAGGGUCUGCUUUUCAAAGUCUCUGGGCCCUUCUGAAUGGCUGAAAGGUGGUCAGCUGUACAGAAGCUCAUUCCAAAUCAGAAACAAUGCACAUAAAGUUCCGCCAGAAAACGAAACAAUUGUGGCUGGUAAAAAAGCAAAGGUCGAUGCGCACGCGCCCAAAGAAAACGACACGAUUCAACUGCCGGCAGGCGAUGCACAGAUUAGACCAACCGAGUCGGAGGAGGAUAUUAGAGCUGAUCGGGCCGAAGACCCAUUACGAACGAAGACCACCAUACCGGCAGAGAGCGCUACCAGAAAGAGGGAGGGCACGGAGAAGGCGGAAGUCAACAUUUCGAACAACAGAAAAUAACUGGUGCUGGUGUAGAAGAUGAGCAAAGUGAUAACGAGACGUAAUUUAUCAGAAGCAAUAAUCAAACGCCUGCGAGACCA